AUGCCCCAAAACGUGGUCCUGCCCGGGCCGGCGCCCUGGGGCUUCAGACUCUCUGGGGGCAUAGACUUCAACCAGCCUUUGGUCAUCACCAGGAUCACUCCAGGAAGCAAGGCGGCAGCUGCCAACCUGUGUCCUGGAGAUGUCAUCCUGGCUAUUGAUGGCUUCGGGACAGAGUCCAUGACUCAUGCUGAUGCACAGGACAGGAUUAAGGCAGCAGGACACCAGCUCUGUCUCAAAAUUGACAGGGCGGAAGCUCGCUUAUGGUCUCCACAGGUAACUGAAGAUGGAAAGGCUCAUCCUUUCAAAAUCAACUUAGAAUCAGAACCACAGGACGUGAACUACUUUGAACACAAACACAAUGUUCGGCCCAAACCUUUCAUAAUCCCAGGCCGAAGCAGCGGAUGCAGCACUCCGUCCGGUGUGGAAGGAGGCAGCGGACGUAGCACCCCUUCCUCUGUCAGCACUCUUAGUACUAUUUGCCCAGGUGACUUGAAAGUUGCUGCUAAGAUGGCCCCUAACAUUCCUUUGGAAAUGGAACUUCCUGGUGUGAAGAUUGUACAUGCUCAAUUUAAUACACCCAUGCAGUUGUACUCAGAUGACAAUAUUAUGGAAACACUUCAGGGUCAGGUUUCAACAGCUCUAGGGGAAACACCCUCGAUGAGUGAACCCACGGCCUCCGUGCCCCCCGAGUCAGAUGUGUACCGGAUGCUCCACGACAAUCGGAAUGAACCGACCCAGCCUCGCCAGUCAGGCUCCUUCAGGGUGCUCCAGGAACUAGUGAACGACGGCCCUGAUGACCGUCCUGCUGGAACUCGGAGUGUGAGGGCUCCAGUUACAAAAGUGCAUGGCGGUGCUGGCGGCACACAGAAGAUGCCAUUCUGUGACAAAUGUGGGAGUGGCAUCGUUGGUGCGGUUGUGAAAGCACGGGACAAAUAUCGGCAUCCAGAGUGCUUCGUGUGCGCCGACUGCAACCUCAACCUCAAACAGAAGGGCUACUUCUUCGUGGAGGGGGAGCUGUACUGUGAAACUCACGCCCGGGCCCGCACGAGGCCCCCAGAGGGCUACGACACGGUCACCCUUUAUCCCAAAGCUUAA